CCACCCCCACCCCCACCCCCACCCCCCACAACGGCCGCCAACGGCCGCUCGCGCGCCCGCCGCGGUCCGGCCCGGCUGGGUGGUAACGGCGGCGGCGAUGUCGAGGAGCUCCCGGGCGGUGCUGGCCGUCACCGCGCUCCUCUCCGCCGCCACCGUGGCGGCCGUGCACGUCCAGCAGCGGCGGGAGCAGGAGAGGCUGCACAGAGGAGUUCUCAGAGAUCUGGAGCGACAACAUCAGAAGAAGGAAAACAUUCGCCUGUUAGAAGAGCAGAUUGCUUUGACAAAGCAUCUUAAAGAAGAAAGAGACAAGAUGCUCAUGGAGAAGGGCUCCCAGCAGUCCUAGGCAGGACCUGAGGCAUUAGAGGUUUGGUUAAAGGCAUUCGGAGACGAUUGGUGUGUAACUACUCGCAAGUGUUUCAGUGAAGAGACAUCCUUGUAAGGCUUUCUUUCAGAUACAUUAUAUUCCUGUUC